UUUUCCUGUAUUAAAAUAAUGUAACCUAAAUCUAGAUGUCAUACGUCGAAUAAUUUACAAACUGAGGCGAAUUACACUAUAGUUCAGUUGCAUAAAUUUGUUUCAUAUUUGCGGUCAAUGAACUACUUUUUUUGUUACCGGUAGGCAUUUUUCGUCUAUCUUGGGAAAAAUGUUCAAAUAUAGGUAUUAAUGGGGGAUGGAUACAGCUGUGUGCCUGUGGAAUCAUGGCGGCUACGCUGGGAAAACUGAGGCCGCUUUCGAUUUCAAAAGCCAUAACAGCGACACCAGUUUCUUCAAGGUUAGUGUCUACUAGUACUGUACAUCAAGAAAAUGAAAAAGGUUGGUUCAGUAAACUGUUGGUUCGUCGCAUCGAACCCACGAAAGAAUCCCACUCGCGUUUGCUGUCAGACAAAGAAGUUAUAUAUGAAUUACAGACUCAUAAUAUGAGACCAGAUUCAGUGGAGAAGUACCUGCAGAAUUAUAAAGCAAGUGCACAGCUUAUUCACUCCCGGGACCUGCAUUGUGAGCUGGUAGGCAGUUGGACUGUACAAGUGGGAGAUCUUGACCAGGCCUUGCAUUUGUGGAGAUACACUGGUGGAUUUGCCUCUAUUGACAAUGCUAAACUGCAACUUUCAAAAGAUCCGGAUUGGGUGAAACUGUUAACUGAACGUGGAGGAAUGUUACGGUCCCGUCACUUACAGUAUGUUCUCGCAUUCAGUUACUGGCCCCCCAUUGUACCGAGAACUGGAUCAAAUAUAUAUGAAAUUCGUAGUUAUCGUCUCAAACCUGGAACUAUGAUUGAAUGGGGAAAUAAUUGGGCAAGAGCCAUUAAUUAUCGCCGCAAUAAUGAUGAACCAUUUGCUGCUUUCUUUUCUCAAAUUGGGCGACUGUAUAAUGUCCAUCAUAUGUGGUGUUAUAAAGAUUUGCAGACAAGAAAAGAAACGCGUGAGGCAGCAUGGCGUUUGCCAGGUUGGGAUGAAUGUGUGGCUUAUACUGUACCUUUGAUUCGAGAGAUGCAUACACGUAUAUUAUUGCCUACAGAUUUCUCACCCACUCAGUAAUGCAUAACCAAAAAUUUUGAGAGAGCUAAUAUCUGACAUUAGUUAGAGGUCAUUAUUAGAGGUACUGUUUAUAACUUGCAGCUUCUUUUGGUAUCAGCUGUACACCUUUUGCAACACUUUAGUUGUGGCUAGUUAUAGUUUCCUUGAGUGUAUUAUCAAAUUAUUUUUAUUAUGACUGUGGUUAGAAUCUUUAUAGAUAUGUAUUUGAAUGAACAGAAUGAAGAUAUGAAAGAUAGUUCUGCACCUGAGAAUUCAUUUCACACAUUUUGCACAAAAAUUAAAUGAAUAUUUUAAAGGUUGUUUUUUGAUACUUGGUCGUUAAGUACAAAUAUGAAGGAAAUAAUUGGUCUGGAUGUAGUACCUAGAUUUGUGUUUGUCUUGAAACAAAAAUUGCAUAGUAAUUUGAUAACUACCCAGAAUAAUAGUUUUUUUUGUACUUGUUUUCCACAUCUCUUGCCAUAAGAUUUCAGAGUAUAAGUAGAACUUUCAGAGAAAUCGUUAAAUUUUAUAGUCCUUUCACAUUAAACGCUUUCAAAAUAAUUCAGUAAUUCAUUUAAAUUUACAUUCGUGCUUCACUCGUAGAUUGCAGGGAGACAAUUUUUUUCUUUGUUCAUUCAUAUUCAAUUGGUGUACAGUUAAAAGAAAGAAGGUAGUUAAAUUCCAGGGAAACUGUCGUGUGACAGUCAUUUUACAAGAAAGUAAUUUGUGAUAGCAGUACCCAAAUAUUUGCAAAAUUUCCUAGUGUUCAAAAGUUUUCAAUUAUUUGUUGUUGAGUUAAUCCUGUUUACCUAUAACAUAAUUGCCUGAUGAACAUAGAAUAGCCGUAUGUAAUAGUGUUGAUUGUACAACAAUUUAUGGAUUAUAUAUUACAAAGAGGUGUUACAGCUAAUCAGUUGUGUCCAAGGAAUGUCUCCUCCAGUAGUCAUUCCGAUUUAGAAAUUAAUAAUGUAUCUACCUAUUGUACAUAAUUUACAAAUCAUUUGUGACAGUCAGAUUCCAAUUUACUGCAGUGGAUUUGUAUUUGUAAAUGUAAAUGUUGUAAAUUUACCUAGGACUGUAUGUGCAGAACUGAAUAUAAUGCACAAUUUAUAAUACAACUUUUUAAUCAAAAUCGAAGUAUCAUUGGAGACUGCUGUAUUAAAUUAGCUUUUGCACAAACUAGUCUAGCUUCAUGGUGAAGACAUACUCUUUGUUUCAUUCCCAUCAGAAUGAAGGAAAAGAUGUACAGCAAUUUUGCUUGCAAUGAAUAUAGUUCAGCGAUUUUUAGGGAAAUUGCCAUUUAUACAUAAGUAAAGCACAAUUAAUUAACUUGCACAGUUUGUUAAUGUGCUGUGAUAUUGGACUGAAUUGUGAAGAAUUCAUUGCCUACCUCUCAAUGUAGAGUGAACACUCUCAUGAAAUAUAUAACUGAUUAUUACUCAACGUUGAUUAGGAAUUUCCAAACAAAUGAAUGUGAUCAUGAAUUUCACAAGUAAUUGAAAAUAAUCAGUAAUGAUUCAGUCCCAUUAUCACCUAUUUAGAAAUACUGAAUCUGUAUGUACAUAUUGACGAACAGCUGAAAUGAAAACUAAUAUAUCUAACACUACAGCAUACAUAUUUGUACAAAUUGGGCUGUGGUUGUCAAGCAAUUUUUAAAAUAGGGCUCAUUUUAUAUAGGGAAUUGUGCACAAUAAGAAUGCUACUGUGUCCAAUAAUACUUGAAUUUUCCUUGAGUGUGCAUGUGUGUGUGUAGACUGUUUUUCUACAAGUAAUUGAGUUAUUUUAAUUCUGGUUCAUAUUAUUUCUAGAAUAAAAAAUUGCAUUGUUGCUCAAUGUUGCAAUUCAAAAAUUUGUUUUUUUAUAAGUAUAUCCUAAAAUGGUGAUUGUAUCAAUCAGUUGUUAAUAAAAAUAAAUUUGAUCUCUAGUUUUGUUAACUUAUGUCAACUAUCAUUAAUUCCCAAGGUAUUGUCUUGUAGUGAUUGUGUAUUGCAUGUCAUGUAUUUGAAGCUUGGAAUUUGAAGUUUUAUAAAUUUGAACUCCCUGCGAAGUUUUUACACAGCAAGGUUCUGUUCAAAGAUCUGAGUCAAGAAAUUAUAAACAAAUAUUUCUAUUGAAUCUUUGGAUUUACUAGAAAAUUUGGAAUCAAACUUUGUUUAAUAUUUGAGGUGAUUUUAAGAUUAAUAGAAUUUUGGAAUUGCUAUGACUAGAUUACUUUCCACCUGUAAAUAAAAAUUAAAAAGAAACAUAACAUUUGUAGUGGGUUAACAGCAGGAUAUCUGUGAUUUCGUUAUCGAUGUUCAUUGCCGGAGCUGGAUUUGUAUUGUUUCUUCAUUUGUUAGAAUCAAACAUUUGACAUAUAUUUAUGAAUUUAAAUUAUUUAAAGCACAUUUAUUAAAAUUGCUAGGUAUAGUGAACAAUUUUUAAAUAAAUUUGAGGAAAACCCACAUAACAUUGUGUAUUUUAACAUUUUAUUUGCAAUAUAUUCCAUAUCCUUUCAAAAUUAUUUGUGGAUUAUUUUUUCAACUAAGUCAAACUUUUAGCUGUGUGAAUAGGAUUUGGAGGUAGAUCUGGAUUUAAUUCCACAAGAUAUUUUAGUGUAGUCCCCAAUAUUCUUCUGAUAUGUAGGAGAGUUUUAGCCAUCAAUAUUGUGACUAAAAGGCAGUUUCACUUUUGGACAUAAAACAAUGAUUUGUACCUUGCUGCUUUGCAAAUGGUCAGUUACCAAGUGUUGAGCAACACAAAAGUCAUGUAUUGUACCAGAAAUUAUUAAAAUUUGUUCUGUGGGUAACAUAAAUCUGAGCUCUGUAUAUUGCGAUGUAAUGACCUAUAUUUGAGUUUUGGCAUUAUAUUCAAUGUAAUAAGAGUACUGCCGAAGUCAAUGAAAUAAUAUUAAUCAUAAAGUCAUAGUUAAAAAGUGAAUGGAUAAGAUAAAACAUCACCUGUGACUGAAAGACUCUUAUAUGGUCUUGUAUUUCAGUGCUAAUGAACAAAUCAACUCUAUUACAAAUAAUGGUCCCUUUUAGCCACUUGUAAGACUUUAUUCCACAGUAUUUUGAAAUUAGAAUUCUAUUAUUUGUACCUUCUUGGUAAUAUGUUACCUUACACUGGAGAAUUGUAGAACUGCUUUUACUCUUAUUGGCAACAAGAUUUUCCGUUUUGAUUAUUCAAUAGUUGGCUCUGUGAAUAAUUGCAACAAAGUAAGCAAAAUAUUUCAAACAUUUCAUAUUUGUUUUCAAAUAAAUUUGGCACCUAUUUAUACGGAAAUCAAAACAGAAUACAUGGAAUUGUGCAACAUCAAAUGAUGUGGGAAAAGAUGUAUUUAAUUAGCCAGAAAAGACUUAUUCCACACAAGG